UGAUGAUGAUAACAGUAAUAUGAUGUUGUGUGUGUGUGGUGACACUGGUGACUGUUGAACAAGUUGGAGCAAAUGUACAUUAAUGUUUUGGUGAUAUAUAAUUACUAUUUUUGUCAAUUUUUUAAUUCAACUAUCCAGAUUUAUUGUCAAGUUCAUCAAACAAGUGUUAAAUUAUUAUUUUAUAUUAUUUAUAAUCACAACUAGUAUUUUUUUCAUACCGUUAUUUGAUAAUAAAAUUAUCAUAUUGUUAUUGUAAUUAUGUGUUUGUGUAAUAAAUUAAUAAUGAAAAAAAAAAGAAAAUAAAUUAUCAACAAGAUAAAUAAUAAUACCAGUGUCAAUUGUCAAAUAAAAAUAUUUCAUCAAUGGGUCUGAUAUUUAAAGUAAUUAAUAGAAUCAAUUGAAGACAAAUUUUGGUCUUGAAUAUCGAAAUGCAUAAAAUGUUUGGUUCGAGAACAACAACAACAUCUACCUCAAAGUUUUAUACAAAUUUAGAAAAAAAUGAUGAUGAUGAAAAUGAAACAACAGCAACGACAACAACAACGACAACAACAACAACAACCACAACAACAAUACUAGAUAAUUAUAAUAAAAUUAAAAAUGAACGUGAUUCUGUAAGUGCAACAAGUGAUGAUGGUAAUUCACAAGAUUCAGAUUCAAAUUGUAUUGAUGAUCAACAACAGAAAAAAAAAAAUCAACAAGAUGAACAACAAGAAAAAUAUACAAAACAUUCCUCAAUGCAGUUUACUGGUUUUCCAAGAUUUAAACAUUUUAUUAUGUCUGCAUCAAGUCCAACUGAUGACACUAUUGUUGCUGACAAUAUUGUACCAUCAAGAAAAUCCAUUGUAUCACACAUCGAGUACAGAAGUAACAGAUACUCAGUAACAACAACACAAAGUAAUACAUCUAGUAAAUAUACAUCUGACUCAUAUGAUUUGAGUGAAUCUGAAAGUGAUGAAGAAUCAGAAGAAACACGUUCAUCUGAAAUAGAUAUAUCAUCAAUACAAGAAGAUGAUGAUAAUGUUAAAAUAAUUGAUAAAAAUAUUGAUAAUGAUACAAAGAGACUAAAAAAACUUGAAAAUAUUGCAAAUGAAUUAUUAGAGACUGAAAUAAAAUAUGUUGAAAUAUUAUAUUUAAUUGAUCAAGUAUUUCAAUUUAGAGUUGAUCAAGAAAAUCGUGCACAUCCAAUGUUUUCACAAGAAACAGUACAAAAAAUUUUUUCAAAUAUUAAAUCAAUAUAUAGUUUACAUAAUGAAUUUUUAUUACCAGAACUUAAAAUACGUAUUAAUAAUUGGAAUAACGAGCCAAGAAUUGGUGAUAUUAUGAAAUAUAGAGCACCAUUUUUAAAAAUGUAUACUGAAUAUGUUAAAAAUUUUGAUAAUGCUAUGAAUUUAAUAAGUACAUUACAACAAAAAAUACCAAAAUUUGCAAAUAUUAUAAAUGAAAUACAAAAAUUAGAUAUAUGUGGUAAAUUAACAUUAUCACAUCAUAUGCUAUGUCCAAUACAACGUUUACCAAGAUAUGAAUUAUUAUUAAAAGAUUAUAUACGUAAUUUAAAUAUUGAUAAUCCAGAUUAUAAUGAUAGUAAAAAAGCAUUAGAAUUAGUAUCAAUUGCUGCAAAUCAUACAAAUGAAGCUAUGAAAAAAAUUGAUAAAUUUAAAAAAUUAUUAGAAAUACAAGAAAGUAUUCGUCAUGCAACAGACCUAGUCAGUCGUUCACGUGAACUUGUUAAAGAAGGACGUAUUGUUAAAAUAUCAGCAAGAAGUGGUGAUCAUCAAGAUAGAUAUUUAUUUCUAUUUAAUGAUAUAUUAUUAUUAUGUUCAAUAAGACUGAUACCACCACGUACACCACCAUAUCGUUUACGUGCUAAAUUUUAUAUUGAAAAUUUACAUGUUACAGAGGGUGAUAAUUUAGAAAUUGCAAAUACAUUUUACAUUAGAGAUGGUAAUAAAAAUGUUGAAUUAUAUACUGAAUCAAUUGAAGAAAAAACAGCAUGGCUUGAUGCUUUAUUUCAAACAAUUGAUGAUAAUGUCAAGAGAAAAGCUAGCUUAAAAAUAACUGAUAAUUAUAAAAAAAAUGGUAUUAAUAGUUUUGAUGUUGAUGAUGAUUAUGAUAAUGUUAAUUAUAAUAAUAAUAACAAUAAUAAUAAUAGUAAUCGUUGUAUAGUAUGUGAUGCAAUAUUUAAUGUUAUUAAAAGAAAACAUCAUUGUAGAUCAUGUGGUAGUACUGUAUGUAAUAAAUGCUUAAACCAAAAAAUAGAAUUUGAAGUUAAUAAACAAAUGAAAGUUUGUCGUUUAUGUUAUAAUGCAUGGACAAAGUCAUUAAAUAAAUCAUCAUCAUCAUCGUCAUCAUCAACAUCUGGUCCAGUUUCAAGUUUAUUAUGUGUAUCAGCAAAUGAAUCAUGUGUAUUAUCUGGUAAUUUAUUAUUAAAAACACAAGCAACAAAAGCAUGGGAAAAAAGAUGGUUUUCUUUGCAUACAGAUUUUGUAUUAUAUUCAUUUCGUUCAGUAAAUGAUACACAAGCAUUAACAGCAACACCAAUGCCUGGUUAUACAUUAACUGAAGGUGCUCAAUUACCAGAUGAAGAUGCACUUAGUCCAAAAGAUAGAAUUGGCACAUUUAAAAUACAUCAUUCAAGAAAAUGUUAUUAUCUUUAUGCAACAACACCUGAAGACAAAAAAAAAUGGACAAAUGCAUUAAAGUUAGCAAUGAAAGCUGAAUUACCAUCUAAUUUUAUUGAAAAUAAUGAUGAUUAUGAUAAAAACAAGCCAAACGAAUCUAUUGAUUCAUUAAAUUAAAUUUUUAUUAUUAUAGUAAUAUUAAAUAAUGCACAAAAAAUAUCAUUUAUUUAAUAAUAGCCAAAUUAAACAAAAAGAAUUAGAGAUAAAUAAAUUAUUAAUUAAUUCAUUGACGAUGUAAACAAUAUUAUAAAAAUAAGAUUUUUAAAUUAUGUUGAUGCUGUAAUUUAUUGUCAAUUUUAAUUAUUACAACAAACUGAUGACGCUUUGAUAGUUUUUGUUUUUUUUUUUUUUUGUAAUAAUUGUUUUUAUAGGAUGUUUAUUAAUUGAUUAAAAUGCGAUAUAUAAAAUUUUUUAUUAUCGUAAUUAUUAAUAUUAUAAAAUGCACAAAAAUAAAGAGAAUAGACGUAAAAUUUUUAAUUGUUUAUUGUUAAAUUAUUUGGAUUACAUUGAUUUGAAAUAAUUUUUUAUUUUUUUUUAAAUAAUUUAUGUUUAAUUUAAUUUUAUUAUAAACAUAUUUAUAUUUAUUUUUGCGAAAAUUAAUAUUUCAUUUUCAAUUGGUGAAGAAUUCAUUAUUUUUUUUCUUUUUCUUAAUUAAUAAAAUUUUAACUGAGACAGUCAAAUAAAAAAUUUAUCUGAAUAUAAAUUUUACAGUUUAUUUAGUUUGAUGAUAAUUUUUUUUUUAAUAAUUUUUUUUUAAUUAAUACAGGCAUAGCUUUAAAAAUUCUUGAUUAAAAAGAUGAAUCAAUAUCGCAUUUGAUUGCUUGUAAUAUACCAUUAUCCAAUAAUGUAUCAAGAUUUUCUAUUGAAAAUUGAGUACAUUUAUGAAUUUUUAUUUUUGUAUAAUCAAUUUCAUUAGUAAAAUCUUUUUU